UAGGAUGUGGUUUCUUAAACAAUGAGUCUUUGUUAACAUAUCCGCGGAAUGCGCGGGUUGGGAACAAUUACGAUUAUGCAUCGUAUCAAGUAGAAUGCCCUGCCCUGCAUCACUAGAUUGGUUACAAAAUAACACUUGUGUCACAAUACCUUUCAAUUUGUGACACUAAACUGGUUACAUAAAUUUCAUAUACCUCUUUUACUUACAUUCUUUAAUGAAUUUUUAGAAACAACCUCUUUCUUACUUAUAUCCUCAAUGCACCAUUUGUUAUAUUGUGAAAUCUUAGAUUCCUUAUGUCACAAAUAACCUCCCUUCAACUUCUUACUACUACUACUUGAAAAUGGAUUUUUAUCAAAAAAGAGGUUACGGUUUUGCAAAAAUAGAAAUAGAGAUCUCAAAUUUACAUUUAAACCUCCGUUUAAGUCCUUGUUUAAGGUGGGAAAGUACUUAUAAAAUUUUCCCACCAUGGAAUGGAAAAUUGCUUUUGCCCACUAAACAUUUCCGCAAAAACUCAGAGUCACACUCCACAUUACACUAAUGGUGUAAAUUGUACCAAAAUCCUUUCUCCAUAAACCCUAAUUUUCCAUCUCCUUACUAAUGGAGGAUCACAUAGGUUCAAGCAAAGACGCUAACAUCUACACUGAAAUGGACAUCGACCUCAACGAUGAAGAUCCAUCCAACGCUGAAAUCCUCAACGAACUCGGCGAAGAUAUGUUCAAAUACUUUUGCAAAAGAGCUUCCGUCAUGUUCUUCGAUCAAUACGGUUUAAUCAGUCACCAAAUCAACUCCUAUAAUCAAUUCAUCACUUCUGGUCUUCAAUCCGCUUUUGAUUCCUUCGGUGAUCUCACUGUUACGCCGGGUUUUGAUCCUUCUAAGAAAGCUGUUGAUGAACAUUACCAAUAUGCCACGGUUAAGUUUGGGAAUGUUACGCUUGAACGACCUAAGUUUUGGUGUGGUGAAGGGAAUGCUCAAGAGAUGAAGAUGCUUCCGAGACAUGCUAGGUUACAGAGGAUGACUUAUGCUUCCAAAGUUAAAGUUGAUGUUCAACUUCAGGUAUAUGUUCCAAAGAAGGUUCGGAGUGAUAAGUUUAAGACUGGGAAAGAAGAGUAUAUUGAUAGAGAGAUCAAGUUGGAUGAGACAAGGGAAAUAACUAUUGGUAGACUGCCUGUUAUGGUCAAGUCUGAUCUUUGCUGGAUGAGUGAAGCUGAAAAAGGUGACUGUGAAUUUGACCAUGGAGGCUACUUCCUGAUCAAGGGUGCUGAGAAGAUUUUUAUUGCACAAGAGCAAGUAUUUCUGAAGAGGCUCUGGGUUUCAAAUAUUCCGUAUUGGGCUGUUGCUUUCAAGUCACAAAUGAAGAGAAAUAGGAUGGUUGUUAAAUUGGUGGAAGGUUCCACGGAGGGAAUUACAAACGGAGAGAAGCUGCUCACAGUAUAUUUUUUGUCUGUCGAGAUACCUGUAUGGAUACUGUUUUUUGCUCUUGGUGUCACGUCAGAUAAAGAGAUUGUGGAUCUCAUUGAUUAUGGAGAGUCAGAUGGAAGAAUUGAAAACAUUCUCUUUGCAUCCAUCCGUGAGGCAGAUGAUAAAUGUGAAGCAUUUCGUAGGGGAAAGAACGCUCUUCUUUUCUUAGAGGAACGUGUAAAAGGCGUGCAGUUUCCACCCGCAGAAUCUAUUGACGAGUGCUUUAACAUGUAUGUUUUUCCGAACAUUAAAGGAUUAAAAAGAAAGGCAAGGUACCUGGCUUACAUGGUGAAGGUUCUUCUACUAGCGUAUACUGGCCGCCGAAAAACUGAUAACAGGGAUGAUUUUCGAAAUAAGAGGCUUGAGUUGGCUGGUGAGCUGCUGGAGCGCGAGAUUAAAGUGCACUUUGCACAUGCUCGGAAGCGAAUGGGAAAGGCUCUGCAGAGAGACCUUUAUGGAGAUCGAGAUGUUCGUCAAAUUGAGCACUAUCUUGACGCUUCCAUUAUUACAAAUGGUCUCCAAAGAGCGUUUUCUACUGGAGCAUGGACACAUCCUUUCAAAAGGAUGGAAAGGAUAUCUGGUGUGGUUGCAACUCUUGGGCGAACCAAUCCAUUACAAACCAUUGCUGAAUUAAGAAGAACAAGGCAACAAGUUCAGUACACAGGAAAGGUCGGGGAUGCUAGAUACCCGCAUCCUUCUCACUGGGGUAAGGUUUGUUUCCUUUCUACCCCAGAUGGUGAAAACUGUGGACUGGUAAAAAAUUUGGCUGUCACAGGAGUAGUAAGUACCAAUGUAACUGAAUCCGUACUUCCUCAGCUGUUCGAUUGUGGGAUGGAAGAACUUAUUGAUGAUACUAUGACUGUUCUGGGGAAAAAAGACAAAGUCUUCCUAAAUGGGGACUGGGUUGGAGUUUGUUCAGAUUCCACAUCAUUUGUAGCAGAGCUACGAAAUAGAAGACGGAAAAAUGAGUUGCCUCAUCAGGUGGAAAUCAAAAGAGAUCAGUAUCAACAAGAAGUGCGCAUAUUAUCUGAUGCAGGAAGGAUUCUCCGUCCACUCUUGGUUGUUAGUAAUCUGCUCAAGAUUAAAGGAUCUAAGUCGGAGCAUAAAUCUUUCCAGUCCCUAUUGGAUAAUGGCGUGAUUGACCUGAUUGGUCCUGAAGAAGAAGAGGACUUCAAGACUGCUUGGGGUGUUCAGUAUUUGUUUGGCAAAGAGAGAAAAUCUUCCGUGAAGUACACACAUUGUGAACUUGAUAUGUCGUUCUUAUUGGGUCUAAGCUGUUCACUUGUUCCAUUUGCAAAUCAUGACCAUGCUAGGAGAGUGUUGUACCAAUCCCAGAAGCAUUCUUCUCAGGCUAUUGGCUUUGCUACGACAAACCCAAAUAUAAGAGUCGAUGCUUUGUCUCACCAACUGUUUUAUCCACAAAGACCACUCUUUCAGACAAUGACAUCUGAUUGUCUCGGAAAACCUGGAUAUCUUGGUCAGAAUAAAGUUGUUCCGAAGUCUGAAUUCUAUAAUGGGCAGAAUGCAAUUGUGGCUGUCAAUGUACAUCUCGGAUAUAAUCAAGAAGAUUCCUUGGUUAUGAACCGUGCUUCUUUGCAACGAGGUAUGUUCAGAUCUGAGCAUACAAGGAGUUACAAAGCUGAAAUUGAAAAUAAGGAAUCUUCAGAAAAGAGAAAGAAGCCUGAAGACAUUGUUAAUUUUGGAAAGAUACAGAGUAAAAUUGGUCGAGUUGAUAGCCUUGAUGAUGAUGGCUUUCCAUUUGUUGGAGCAAAUUUGCAGAGUGGCGAUAUUAUCAUCGGGCGGUGUGCUGAUUCCGGGACGGACCAUAGUAUAAAGCUAAAGCACACCGAAAGGGGUUAUGUUCAAAAGGUUGUGCUGUCUUCGAAUGAUGAGGGGAAGAAUUUUGCUGUUGUUUCGUUAAGACAGGUUAGAAGCCCAGUUCUUGGAGAUAAGUUCUCCAGUAUGCAUGGACAGAAGGGUGUUUUGGGUUUUCUGGAAUCUCAGGAAAAUUUCCCCUUCACAAAACAAGGCAUUGUUCCUGAUAUUGUUAUAAACCCACAUGCAUUUCCCUCACGACAAACUCCUGGACAACUACUAGAGGCUGCUUUGGGAAAGGGCAUCGCUUGUGUUGGUUCACUGAGAAAUGCUACUCCUUUCUCCACUUCCUCUGUUGAAGCCAUUACCGACCAGCUUCAUAGAGCUGGCUUUUCAAGAUGGGGGAACGAACGAGUAUACAACGGGAGGACCGGUGAAAUGGUCCGAUCACUAAUAUUUAUGGGCCCAACAUUCUACCAGCGUCUGCACCACAUGUCCGAAGACAAAGUCAAAUUCAGGAACACCGGUCCAGUUCACCCGUUGACCCGACAGCCUGUCGCUGACAGGAAGCGAUUUGGAGGUAUCAAGUUUGGUGAAAUGGAGCGUGAUUGCCUGAUAGCUCACGGUGCAUCAGCUAACUUGUAUGAGCGCCUCUUCACCCUGAGUGAUUCAUCUCAGAUACACAUUUGUAGUAAAUGCAAGAAUGUUGCAAAUGUGAUCUUGCGACCGGUAUCUGGUGGACGGAAGAUUCGAGGUCCGUAUUGCCGUUUCUGUGAAUCAGCCGAUGACAUUGUUGUGGCAAGUGUUCCAUAUGGAGCAAAGUUGUUGUCUCAGGAGCUGUUCAGCAUGGGCAUUAAUCUCAAAUUUGAAACUGAGCUUUGCUAAACAACUACUUUUUAAUUUGUCACCUCUCUAUGCUUUCCCUAGACUAGACUUUUGAACUGUGUACAUAUCAGUUUGGUUCAUGGAUGUUGUUUCCGUGAUACCAGUUAUGAGUAUUUAAUGACAGUCAUCCUGACCUGAUUUUCUUGAAUGCCUUUGCAUUUGUUUUCUUUUGAAUUGUUUAAACUUUAAAGUGGAAUGCUCAUAUCCGGAAGCUCCUCUGCUAGAAAACUAACGAAUGAUGGGCUGCUGUUAGUAGUGAAUUGUGAUGUUUCUUGUUUUUUAA